CCCGCUGUCCUGACAGAGCGGGGUGGGCGCAUCCCGUCUCCAAUGGCAACCCGAUAGAUUAGCCCCAUCAAUAUUCCCAUUAUUGGAAAGCAAGAAGGUUUUUUGGGGAGGAUGAGUGAUGUCAGCGCACUGUGGGUGUCUGUGCCAGUUGCGUGCGUGUGCGUGUUCACCUUGCGCCGAGAGAGAGCUCGGGUAUUUGGGAGAGGUGGAGAUGCUGCUUUGUCAUUGAGGAGCUCAGCAGCAGCAGCAGCAGCAGCAGCAGCAUUCUCCCACUCCGGCACGUCCGACGCUCAGCAUGCUGCAUCCUGAUGCGCUCCCGACCGCGCUCUCUCGGCUCACCUGGAUUUACAUGCGUUUCUCGUUUUGCCACUCCAGCAUGUGCGCAUUGACUGAAGCGGCUGCAUGCCAUUGACUCGUGUCAAUGUUGGAACCGGAGGUGAGCGGCACGUCCCAAGUGUCCGAGAAGAUACGACCCAUCCUGCGGAUGCGCCGCUGCUGCUUUGCCUCCAGCCCAACUGAUUGCAGGAGCGUCGAGGAGGCCAGGAGCGAAGACUUGGACAGGGACGUUUCUGGGCUGAAAACCAACUUGAACGGGGACUGCCGCUUUUUCCGGAGCAGCAUCUCCUCCAUCACCGGCAGGCAUCCUCCGGGCUCGGAUCCGGCGGAGCAGCGGCGCCUCCUGCCCGAGACGGAUGCCGGGGCCAGCGAGAGUUCACCCGGGGAGCCCGUCCCCGGGGCCCAGGACCGGGCGGCGGGCGGGCUGGUCGGCGCGCCCUGCCAGCCGUCCGUGUACGACCAGUCAACUUUCAUCAAGUUGGAGGGCGCGGAUCAGAUAAUAGCCGAAGAUGACCGCCUGUACCAGGCCGGCUUCAUGCACCGACAGUUUGGGGCGAUGCUCCAGCCGGGCGUCAACAAGUUCUCCCUGCGGAUGCUGGGCAGUGAGAGGGCCGUGGAGCAUGAGAGGGAACGCGUGAAGUCCGCAGGCUUCUGGAUAAUCCACCCGUACAGUGAUUUUAGGUUUUACUGGGACCUGACCAUGCUUCUGCUGAUGGUGGGGAACCUCAUCAUCAUCCCCGUGGGCAUCACCUUUUUCAAGGACGAGCACACACCGCCGUGGAUUGUCUUCAAUGUUGUGUCAGACACCUUCUUUCUCCUGGACCUCGUCCUCAACUUUCGCACCGGCAUUGUCAAGGAGGACAACACGGAGAUCAUCCUGGACCCGCACCAGAUCAAGAUCAAGUACCUGAAGAGCUGGUUUGUGGUGGACUUUGUCUCCUCUAUACCUGUGGACUACAUCUUCCUCAUCGUGGAAACUCGUAUCGACUCGGACUUUUACAAGACAGCCCGGGCCCUGAGGAUCGUCCGGUUCACCAAGAUCCUCAGUCUGCUGCGACUGCUGCGCCUCUCCAGACUCAUUCGCUACAUCCACCAGUGGGAAGAGGUCUUUCACAUGACAUACGAUCUUGCCAGCGCUAUGGUGCGAAUCAUGAACCUGAUUGGCAUGAUGCUGCUGCUGUGCCACUGGGACGGCUGUCUGCAGUUCCUGGUGCCAAUGCUGCAGGACUUCCCUCCCGACUGCUGGGUCACUCGAAACAAGAUGGUGAACGACACCUGGGGUCAGCAGUACUCCUAUGCCCUGUUUAAAGCCAUGAGUCACAUGCUGUGCAUCGGGUACGGCCUGUACCCACCCAUCGGCAUGGGCGACGUCUGGCUCACAAUUCUCAGCAUGAUCGUGGGCGCCACCUGCUUUGCCAUGUUUGUGGGCCAUGCCACAGCUCUCAUUCAGUCCCUGGACUCUUCAAGGAGGCAGUACCAAGAAAAGUACAAACAAGUGGAGCAGUACAUGUCCUUCCACAAGCUCCCCGCCGACAUGAGGCAGAGAAUCCACGACUAUUACGAGCACCGUUAUCAGGGGAAGAUGUUCGACGAGGAGAGCAUCCUGGAGGAGCUGAACGAGCCGCUGCGAGAGGAGAUCAUCAACUUCAACUGUCGCAAACUGGUGGCCUCCAUGCCUCUGUUCGCCCACGCCGACCCCAACUUUGUCACCUCCAUGCUGACCAAGCUGCGCUUCGAGGUCUUCCAGCCGGGCGACUACAUCAUCAGGGAGGGUACCAUCGGGAAGAAGAUGUACUUCAUCCAGCACGGCGUCGUCAGCGUCAUCACCAAGAGCACCAAGGACACCAAGCUGACAGACGGCUCUUAUUUUGGAGAGAUCUGCUUGUUGACCCGAGGCAGAAGGACGGCCAGCGUUCGAGCAGACAACUACUGCCGGCUGUAUUCUCUGUCUGUAGACAACUUCAACGAGGUUCUGGAGGAGUAUCCCAUGAUGAGGAGGGCCUUUGAGGCCGUUGCCCUCGACCGGCUGGACCGUAUUGGAAAGAGGAACUCGAUUCUUCAGCAUAAAGUCCAGCAUCACCAAAGUUCUGGCACAUUAAACCUCCACGAGACAGAAAUCAUCCAAAGAAUAGUCCAGCAUGAUCGUGACAUGGCCCAGUGCACGCAGCUGAUCCAAAGCAGCACUUCACCAAGUUUAAACCCUCCCACUGCUCCCCCAUCACCCACUCCUCUCAUCUGGACCCCACUGGUUCAGGCCCCGCUUCAGGCUGCUGCUGCCACCACGCCACUGGCUCUGGCUUUGGCCCACCACCCCCAGCUGCCUCCGAUCCUCUUCCACGGUCCUCUGAUUCCUGGGUCUGGCUCCAUGAAGGACCACAGCCAUUCAAGGAGGGUGCACAUCGGAGGGAACAUCUCUAGCACCUAUGAUUCGGUUCCUGGUUCGCCUGUUGGGGCAACUAAACCUAGAUCUGGGGGUGAGACUCGCACAUUAGGCUUCGCUUUCCCCCAGCAUCAUUCCUCUGGAGUUUUGUCACCCACUGUGAUGUCGCAGCCCAUCUUUACAAGCAGCCUGCAGCCAGUGACCCCUCUGCCCACUCCUCAGCCCCUUUAUCACCCUCCCCACUGUGGCAUGACUCCAGUGUUCCCCCUGAGUCAGGCCACCGUCUCCUACACCUGCUCCGCACAGCUCCACCCUCAGCCCUACCUCGGUGCAAUGACCACACCGCCUCAACCUCUGGGUUUACUCCAACAGGGGGCACCGGGGAAGCUGGCGGGAAGAUUUCCGGCCCCGGCCAUCAGCCCCCUGAUCUGCAGCUCGGUUAACCCCAUUCUGAGCCAGCUGCAGCAGACCUGUCACCCCUCCAGCCUAAACAGAGUGAGCAGCACAUCCAGCAACAUCAACCUCCCACAUUUUCCCAUCGUAACCAGCAGGCAGCCGCCGGUGGGGAUCAAUCCGUCUCCAUCAGUGGGUGGAACCGGGGUCACAGCCUCUCUGGCCCAGCACACCCUGGCAGGACUGCAGUCGGUUUUCCUGCCGCAGGUUCUUGCCGAGCACUCGGCCCUCGCCUCCCUGGCCCAGUACGGCUCGGCCGACGCCUCGCCUUGCUACACCCCUCCUCACUACAGCCCCGUUACACAGAGCCCUGCGAAGGCACGAACGAUUCGCCACAGUGAGCAGCCCAUCAAUACCAGCUUUCCCAGCUCCAUGCCCUUUCAGAGCUCAUGCCAGGACAGGGGGGCUUCCACUCUGAGAGAGACAACAGAGUCCUCGGCGGAUCUCUUUACCCAGGAAAUAAAGACAAUCUCAGGCUCUUACAGCUAUUUACACCAGGAAAAGCCUUCGGUUGGGAGCGGCUCCUCGGAGGGGGCAGCGGGGGGCUUCCCCUCCCCCAUGGCAGUCAAUAAACCCUACACUCCAAUCCCGGGUCAGGGCGCUCCUGUCAGUCGGACACAAUCAGGGCCUGAGCCUCCGGCCAAAGUGUUGGACAGUGAACAGAAACAGUCCAAACUUCCCUCUAACUUGUGAGUGUCAGACACAUCCUCCUUUAGCUGCUGAGCAUCAGAGGAACCCCUCCAUGUUGGCAUGUUUUAAUGUUGAAUUCAGUGCUGGGGAGUUUGUUGUUUUAAUCAGAUGAGAGAUCGGUUUAGUUUUUAAUCAGAGCGGAUGACAGACAAAAGCAUAUUUUUUCUACAGAACAUUUUCAAUACGAUGAUAAAACCCAAAACUAUUAUUGGGUAUAUAUUUAAGACCUGACAAAAAUAUCAAUUCUUAUAUAUACUAUAAUAUAUUCUAACCUUUCUCUGUGAUUUGUUAUCAUUAUUUAUUUCAAACCUUACUGUUCAGCCAGUUAUUUUGGUUACCUUUUUUUAGCUGCACCUCUUUAGCUGAAGAAAAAUAUCCACAACUGUAUAUUCAGUUUAUGAUUGAAACCAAAAGUUGCUUCCCUCUGUUAAUAUCCUUCCCGGAGAGCGCUGGGAGUGCAGUGUGAAGGCCGGGUCACCUGUUCGACCUCCUGUACGGAGAUGUACGCCGCUACAGACUGUGCACUUUGCUCGUUUCAGAGAUCGCUGCAGCUCAAAAGGUUUGAACACAGCGUGUCUUCCAAGAAAGAAAGCUUUCUCAGCAAUAUUGCACACCCAAAUGGGUCACACUGAUCAGACUGCAUUAGGAAAAAAAUAAAU